CACCGCCACGCCGCCGCUUGGUUGGUCCCCGCGGCCGGCCGUGCCGGGGGGGGGCAGCGCGCGGCCGCCGCCGGAGAUCACAGCAUAGACCAGCUCCUGGCACCACUGAGCCAAACUGGAUUUCCACCAGUGACCUGGGAGCAGUGAGUCCUGUGUGGGCCCUCGGCCAGCAUGACCAGCGAGGUGGUGGAGAACGAGUUUGAGUUUUACUCCAAGGCAGAGAAGUACUGGAAGGAUGUGCCCGCCACGGUGGAUGGCAUGCUGGGGGGCUACGGCCACAUCUCCAGCAUCGACAUCAACAGCUCCAGGAAGUUCCUGCAGAGGUUUCUGCGGGAUGGCCCCAACCGGACGGGGACAACCCGAGCUCUGGACUGCGGGGCUGGCAUCGGCCGGAUCACCAAGCGGCUGCUGCUGCCCCUCUUCAAGACAGUGGACAUGGUGGAUGUGACAGAGGACUUCCUCACCAAGGCCAAGAGCUACCUGGGCGAGGAGGGCAGGCGGGUGCGCAACUACUUCUGCUGCGGCCUCCAGGACUUCAGCCCUGAGCCCAACUCCUACGAUGUCAUCUGGAUCCAGUGGGUCAUCGGACAUCUCACUGACAACCACCUCUCCGACUUCCUGAAGCGCUGCCGUGCCGGCCUGCGGCCCAACGGCAUCGUGGUCAUCAAGGACAACAUGGCCCAGGAGGGUGUGAUCAUGGACGAUGUGGACAGCAGCGUCUGCAGGGACCUGGACGUGGUCCAUAAGAUCAUCCGCAGAGCUGGGCUGCACCUCCUGGCUGAGGAGCGCCAGGAGAACUUUCCUGAUGAGAUCUACCACGUGUACACCUUUGCCAUGAGAUGAGGGCAGCGGGAGGAGGUCUCUCCCGUGUCGUGACUGCCCUUCCAGGGGCCCGUGACAAGGACGGGACUUUGUCUUCCAAGUUGCUGCUGUUUGUGAAAAGAGGUGUUUGCCAAAUACAUUUUCCUGCUGUUGCA